AUAGAUUAAGGUUUAAUCUUUGAAGAUUUUGUUAUCUUGUUUUGUUAAUUCACAGAAUCAAAAAAUCGUUCGUGAGCUCUCGUCAGAAAUGAAAUGUCAGAAAUUGCCCUAACUUUCCCGCUCCACUCCCUCGCGACCGGCCGGUGAAGCUCACCGGUAGCAGACCAUUGUCCGGCAACUGUUGCUAGAGAGCUUUGAGUCGCUGCCACCGUGCCCUGGACAAAUCAUAGUCAUCCAAACGAAUUCCGCAAAUCGGCGGAGAUGCAGCCAAAGAUUAACGCCUUCUUCAAGCCGUCGCCUUCUCACUUACUGGAAUCGUCUCCAUUUUCCGUUGUUGCAGGAGAAUCAACCGCAGAACAGGAAACCGACGUCUCCUAUAAACGCGCGCGUUCAGAUCCAGAAGUAGAAACAUCCAAUGGACAUGAUCUUGAGGACAAGCUUCCCAAAUUGGAGCAAGGCAAGAGUUGCAAAAUUCUGAAUAAGAAGAGAAAGUACGCACAGCUAUUCUUGGAAGUUGGACAGUCGGAUUUUCUAUUUCAUACAUGUAAAGUGUGUAGUUUCAAGUAUGCUCCUGGUGAUGAAGUUGAUGAAAAGGUCCACAAAACAAUUCACAAGAACUACACCCUUGGAUUACCUUUUAAGGGUUGGCGCAAUGAAAGAGUUAUAGAUGAACUAGACAAGGGGCGCAUAAUCUUGGUGCAAGAUGGUGAUCCUCCUGCUCAGUUAAAAAAGGUUGAGGAUGUUGUGCAGAUGAUUGAAACAGAGCUUGGAGAGGGGUGGAUACUUAAUAAGCAGUGUAAGCAGGUAUAUCUAUUUAUUUCAUCACAAAGAGUAUCCGGAUGUCUUGUUGCCGAGCCAAUAAAAAAGGCCUACAAGUUACUCUCAAGCUCAUUGGUUGAAAAAAGUAACCUUCCUGCCAAGGAAAAAAUGAGGACCUCUUCCACUCUUCAAUUUGGUGGUGUUUGUCUCCAGAGGGAAGUCAUAAAAAGGGAACAUGUCAAACAUCCAGAAGAAGGAACCCAUGAUGGAACGAUUCUGUGCAAAAAUGAGGCUGUACCAGCUCUUUGCGGUAUUAGAGCCAUUUGGGUCUCUCCUUCUAACAGGAGGAAGAACAUAGCUAGAAGUUUGCUUGAUGCGGCAAGGAAUAGUUUCUGCACAGGCAUGAUUCUCAACCAUACAGAAUUAGCAUUUUCUCAACCAACCACGCUUGGGAAAGCUUUGAUGUCCAGCUACACAAAAACAAAUUCUUUCUUGGUCUACACUACAGUUAAUAUGGACUAAAGGUCAUCCACAAUUUCUUUUUACAUUAAAGAUCCAUUUAAAUGCUUCUUCUAAAUCUAGUCUUGCUACUUCCCUUUUAAGUUAUGCUUCCAAAUUUUUGUUAUAUGGUCCUAAUAUUCAACUGAACAAGGUAGAUAGAUCCUUUGAAUGUUAAAAUCUCCUGAUUUAUGAUAGUUGGGAAUAUCUGUUUGAAAUAGUAUAUCGUGUUUGGUCAGGUAUUGUCUUUAGAAUUCCUUGGACCUCUGACUUGUUACUGUAGUUUGUGUUGAUCCCUUGUAAUUCUUCAACUGAUUUAUACCGAAAUUGAACAAUAUUUAGAUGUGUAAUGCAGUGUAAAAAGAUCCUGUGUUAAUAUCCUGAUUUUUGUACCUAAAGUAAAUUCCAAAGCAAUUGAUGAGCAAUUUCUGACA